AGUGGGGAGGGCGCAGCAGGGCAGCUUUCACCACAGGCUCGAGUAGAAUGUGCUGUAGGUGUGUUAUGUCGAACUAAGCGUAAAAGUCACCAUGAGUGAAGACCCCUUAUUGGGCAACAUCGCCGGGGUGGUGGCCGGGUCCACGGUGCUGGACGGCAGUGGCUCGGACGAUCCACGGCCGCGGGCGAUUGAGAAGCUCGUCGCAAACCCGCAUUAUUCCACCUGCGUUCUGCACGCGCGCUUCGUUUCCGACCAUCAUUGGAACCAGUCACCCACGAAGAAAUCCAGCAGCUCGUCGUCCCCUCCCCCGAACGACGAUGUGGGUGUCGAACUCGACCGCAGUCGGGCGGUCACACGCACAGCGAGAAGCAAAAUCAGCUUGCUCAGCGGGAUUUUCGAGGUAGGUAUGAUUCACGUGUACUUGCUGUGAAAGACUGUAUGAUGAAAAUAUCGAAUCGGUUUCACAUGGCAAGACUCGACUAGAUCUUUCUUCUUUUUCACCUGCAGCUGCACAAUUUUUCUUUAGGUCUCUUUUUCCCAACCGGUGCAAGACGGACCUGUUCCGUCCGACGCCGUGUUCGUUGUGUUUGAGUUUCUGAAGGACGAUAGCUGUAUCAUCCACGUGCCCGGAUACGACCACGACAUACGGGUAGACAAUUGGAAGCAGCAGUUCGACCUCGAUGCCGACCAGAGCCCGGCAAGUCCCAGCAACGCGAAGAUCGCGGAGAACUCCUCACAUUUGCGGGCCUUGCACACCGCGAAGAGAAUAAGGAAAUUGAUCCUGUUUCACGUCAAACAAACUAUCGCAGACAAGGCGUCCGCGAGGAAUCAGUGGCGGUCGGAGUACGGAAUUGACAGUAUAUCCAGGAAAAAACACCCAUCCCCAUCCAAUUUGUCAUGCAAAACAUGCAUAAAGUGCAGCGUUUGUCAUGCGAAAAAUGGAUGGGGACGGGUGUUUUUUCCUGGAUACAGUAUUCUGACUUCCUACGAGCAGGAAAGGCUAGUUCCGCCGCCCGCCGUUGUGGAAAAGCUCGUGGCGACACCGGAAAGGGCGCCGUCGAUGCCAGACGAAGAUAUGGGCCCUCCGGAUCUCGCCGCGCAGACGGAGGUACUUAUUGAAAAUAUGGGCUUGAUAGAGUCUCCACCAGCUGCUCUCCUGCUGCAUCAUAAUCACGCUCCGCUGUGGUUGUUGUGGCAUCGUGGCGAAGUGAAAUAAUCUUCAGGACUUGAAAUAAUGAAUUGCAUCAAUGUCCAUUUCAGGCCGCCAAACUGAUAAAUCUCGGCGAAAUAUUCGACGCAGCGGACGAGGAGAGCGAGGGUAUCUUGCGACAUGGCGAUCUUUUGAACUUGCUCGAGGCCACCUUGUGCGGUCCGACGAGCACGCUCCGGCCCUGGGAUAUCAAGACCAUCAUGGCAACCAUACCGGAUGACGGCUCAGGUGUGGGCUUUACCUUUGCAUUUUGAAAGCUGGAUCUUCACAUUUCCACCUCGUUAUUUCUCGUCUGUUUUAUUCCGCAAAGGCACAUAAACGACGCACGUCAUCACAUGAUCAGGUCUGAUCGACUACAUCCGCGAUUGUGACGGCAUUCCGGCCGCAGUGAAAAACUGCACAAAAAGAAGAGAAGCCUACUACUCCCGAUUUCCCGACCGAAACGUUCCUUCAGACGACGAUGUCGCAGACAUCCCGGACUACCUCCGGUUCUCGAAAAUUCUCGAGGCCGUCGAGAUGCUCGAGGGUAUUCACUUACAACGCAAGUUUUCUCUUGCUGCGAAUGAGUGCUAUUUUGCAACGAACGACGACGAACCAUUUCUUUGAUCAUGUGUCUUCAUCGUCACAGCCCGCUGUUCUUUGUUUCUAAACAGGUGAUGAAAUCAGCGAAACCGCUCGUGUGGUCAUGGAGAUGUGCUCCGCCAGUGAUCGGAAAAACACCGGGUACGUCGACCGCCCGACGCUGCUCACCGCGCUCACAGAAAAACCAGAAAGGAUAACGAACCAGGAACGCCUGCUAUUGAUGCAGCUCGUGCCCGAAGUCGUUGUCGAGUCCUCGGACAAAAGAGUCGGAGGACCCUCGACGGGAAAGGUAUACUUUGUCCUCUCUUAGGGGUUUCGUGUGUUCUUCUUCUUGCACUCUGUGAGCAGGAGAAAUGUACUUCUUUUGACCACAAGGAAAUACCGUUAGUUCACGACAUUUUUUUCUAACAUCAGCUUGGUACAAAGCCAAAGCAAACGCAAAACAACCAAAUCCAGGUUCGCUGCCAGUACGAAGUGUUUCGCGACACGAUGACCCACCUCCGCACGGAGAAGGUUUUGUCCCCGCUGUCCGAAACGGACCACAAGAAGGUGUACUCGGAGAUCGUGCAAUCCGUCCGCAUCCGAGAACUCGGGGAGACCUGCGGCGCCUGGGUCUGGCGCGAGUUGCUGCUGGAAUUGAAGAGCUUGGCGCUGAGCAUGAAAGAAAUUCACAUCAUUCUGUGCGUUUUGCCCAUGGACGAGCACGGACAGGUGGAUGUGGUAUCUGCGGUGCGGAUUUCCGUCACCCUGAUCGACUGGUUUUUCGACCCCGAACAGUACCACGCGCGGGCCCACAUGAUUUUAGAGCAGGUCGAAGCGGAAAAGAAGCGGCGGGAGUUGGAGGAACUGCAGGAAAUGAGCGGGGUCCGCAAAUCGAAAGCGAACGAGGGCGGGGUAGCAGAAUUUUUUAUGAUUUUAGAAUGCACUAGCUCUAGCAGCACUACUCGGUUGUAGGUUCCUUCGGUCGUUUGUUUACGUUAUUCGUGAUGGAGUCAAAGUCUUUACAUACGUUCGUAAACAGGAGGAAGAAGAGUACAUCGACCUGGCCCUCCGUGACAACCGCGAAGAGCUGGAGAAAAAUCUUGUCGCUAUCAUGCAGACGCUGGACGAAGACAAAACCGGUUUUCUCCCGGCGCCGCUGAUCUUGAAGCAGCUGUUGUCCGAUUGGGAACGGGGUUUUCCGGGGGGAGGCUUGACGUGGGCGGAGAAGCGCGGUUUCAUGGGGCAGUGCGUCAUCGAAGAGGAAGACCAAGUGCAGUAUUCGAAACACAUCAAGACCUGGAUUCCCAUCCUGUUUGAGCUGCGAAAGAACGCCAACUGCAAGAGAUUAUUGGAACACGAGAACGUGUUUGAGCUCGGGCUGGUAUACUUAAAUUUACGAUUUUUCCUGACGAAUUUGGGAUUGAAAAGAAUAACAGCAAUGCCCACAUGUGCGGCCUCGCUCUGUACAAGAAUAAUCGUAUGACUAUUCCCAAUGUUUCAGAUCGACAUGUUGGACCUCGGUAUGUACGAAAGGGAGUUCCCAGUUUUCUCCAGUACUCACGCAAGAGC